AUGACCGACGCUGGUGGUCUAAAACUCAGCGAGAAAGAAAUCGUCAUCGCAAAGAGCAAAAAAAAUAGCAAAACAGCAUUUUCCCAAGAGAAACAUAAAAUUCCAGGAAUCACCAUUGCACCAUGCCAAAAUAAUAUAGAAAACAGCAACAACAACACCUACCA